UUGCCAAACACAACCCAAAAUCUCUGGUUUGUAAAAAUUGUAGAAGAAAGAAGCCACACCAUUUUCUUACAGUCAGUUUGCAGUAUGGGGAGAGGAGGUAUUUCUCACCAAGCCCAAGCUGAAGUGCCACUACAUACCACUUCUCACCUUCUGUCACCAUUUCAGAUGGGUCCUCUCUUCAAACUUUCCCACAGAGUUGUGUUGGCUCCUGUGACUCGGUGCCGUGCAAUAAACAACAGUCCGCAAGCUUCUCAUGUGAAAUUCUAUUCUCAGAGAGCUACCAAAGGAGGCCUUUUAAUCUCAGAAGCAAAUGCAGUCUCACCCCAAGCUAUUGGGUUUCCUCAUUCUCCUGGUAUUUUCAACGAGGAGCAAGUGAAGGCGUGGAAAAAUGUGGUGGAUGCCGUUCAUGCCAAGGGCGGCAUUAUUUUCUGCCAGCUCUGGCACGUCGGCAGGGCUUCGCACACAGUUUAUCAGCCCAAUGGAGAAGCACCCGUAUCAUCCACAACGGAGGCAAUAUCAGAAGAAUGGAAAAUCUUGAUGCCCGGCGGCUCAAAGGCAACAUAUUCACCACCGCGGGCGCUUUCGACGUCUGAAAUUGGUGCGGUUGUUGGAGAGUUUGGUAAGGCGGCGAGGAACGCCAUGCAAGCGGGAUUUGACGGCGUGGAAAUACACGCGGCACACGGUUACCUGAUCGACCAGUUUCUCAAGAACGGCGUUAACGAUAGGCUCGACGGCUAUGGCGGGUCCCUGCAUAACAGGUGUCGGUUUGCAAUGGAGGUGGUGGAGAGAGUGGUGAUGGAGAUUGGUGCCGAGCGCACCGCCAUAAGAAUAUCGCCCAUUAUAGAUCACAUGGGGGCUACUGAUUCCGACCCGCUCUCUCUCACCUCUCACUUGAUUGGUCUUCUGAAUUCUUAUCCUCUCGCUUACCUCCAUAUGACCGAGCCCCGAUUCACCAGAGAAGGCCUCAAAGAGGCGGCGGAAGAGUGCGAAAGAAGCGCUGCGGCGAUGUGGAAAAUCGUGAAGGAGGAGUACAGAGGAAGGGUUAUGAAGAGCGGCGGAUAUAACAGAGAGUCUGCCAUGGCGGCUGUUUCCAGUGGCGGCGCCGACAUGAUAUCUUUCGGCAGGCUUUUCAUUUCGAAUCCCGAUCUGCCGCUCAGAUUUGCUAUUGAAGCCAAGCUCGCCAAAUAUGACCGCUCUACUUUCUACACUCAUGACCAGGUCGUGGGUUAUACUGAUUACCCGUUUUACAUUCCUUCAUCUCCGAGAAAUUCGAAGUUUGAUCAGCAUCUUGACCUUAGAGCAGAGGUUGAAUCGGCUUGAGUCGUGACAAUUCUGCUAACCAGAAAAGCUUUUGUACACACCCCCCCCCAAUUCAUUUUUAUUUUCUACUGUAAUGGCGCUUAUUUUAUAUCUUUGUAUUGAUAAAAAGAGAAUUUCGAGUACAGUAA